AUGGGUUACUCUGAUCUCGAUUGGAAGGCUAUUAACACAAUCCGACUGCUUGCGGUCGAUGCCACUCUCAAGGCGAACAGCGGUCACCCUGGCGCUCCCAUGGGUAUGGCCCCUGUGGCCCACGUUCUUUUCAACAAAUUCAUGACCUUCAAUCCCAAAAAUCCCAAUUACAUCAACCGCGACCGAUUUGUCCUAUCAAACGGACAUGGCUGCAUGCUGCAAUAUGCCCUACUCCACCUCUUCGGUUAUGCCGUCUCCAUGGACGACCUGAAACACUUCCGACAAGUUGACAGCAUCACUCCUGGCCACCCUGAAGCCCGUGAUACUCCUGGAAUUGAGGUGACAACCGGCCCUCUGGGCCAGGGUUUCAGCAAUGCUGUUGGUUUGGCCAUUGCUCAAGCCCACACAGCCGCUGUCUUCAACAAGCCUGGGUAUGACCUCAUCAACAACUAUACUUACUGCUUUUUCGGUGAUGGCUGCGCUAUGGAAGGUGUUGCAAGCGAAGCUGCUUCCACUGCAGGACAUUUGCAGCUAGGCAAUCUGAUUUGCAUUUAUGACGACAACCAUAUUUCCAUCGACGGUGACACCAAGGUCGCUUUCACCGAGGACGUUGCCAAGCGAUUUGAAGCCUAUGGCUGGCAUGUUCAGCAUGUCAAGGAUGGCGAUCACGACCUUGAUGGUAUCGAAGCUGCGAUCCAGAAGGCCAAAGAGGUCAAAGACAAGCCAUCCAUGAUCAAGUUGACUACCACUAUCGGCUUUGGCUCCAAGCUGCAGGGCACAGGUGGCGUGCACGGCAACCCCCUCAAGGCUGAUGACGCCGCACAAGUCAAACAAAAGUUUGGCUUCAAUCCUGAAGAAUCUUUCGUGGUUCCCCAAGAAGUAUACGAUUUGUACCACAAGCACGCCGCCGAGGGAGCCGCUGCCGAGCAGGCUUGGAACGAUCUGUUCAAGAAGUAUGGAAACGAGUUCCCGGAGCUGGCCAAGGACUUUACCCGCCGUCUCUCCCGCAAGCUGCCCGAGGGCUGGGAAAAGAGCUUGCCGGUGUGGAAGCCAACAGAUGCUGCGGUUGCCACCCGCAAGACUUCUGAGAAGGUCCUAGAAUGCAUUCACGAAGCCGUCCCCGAGUUAUUGUCGGGCUCUGCAGAUUUGACUGGAAGCAACAACACCCGAUGGAAGAACGCCGUUGACUUCCAGCCUCCGAGCCUCGGGAUCGGUGACUGGACUGGUCGCUACCUGCGAUAUGGUGUCCGCGAGCAUGGAAUGGCUGCUAUUAUGAAUGGUAUUUCUGCUUAUGGCACUCUGAUCCCGGCUGGUGGUACGUUCUUGAAUUUCGUGUCAUAUGCUGCCGGAGCCGUCCGUCUGUCGUCUCUCUCGCACCAGCGAGUUAUCUACGUUGCUACUCACGACUCCAUCGGCCUUGGUGAAGACGGCCCUACACAUCAACCAAUUGAGACCUUGGUCCACUUCCGAGCUCUUCCAAACAUGAUGGUGUGGAGGCCUGCUGAUGGCAACGAGACGUCGGCCGCAUACUACAUGGCGCUGACUUCGACAUCUACCCCCUCCAUCCUGGCUUUGACCCGACAGAACUUGCCCCAGUUGGAGAACUCGACUAUAGAGAACGCCAUCAAGGGCGGUUACGUUGCCAUAGAGGCCCAGAACGCCGAUAUCACCAUAGUGUCCACGGGAUCUGAGGUCGGAAUUUGUAUCGAUACAAUCAAAGUGCUGAAGGAUCAGCACGGGAUCACUGCGCGCGUUGUUUCGAUGCCAUGCACGGAAGUCUUUGACGCUCAGCCCAAGGAUUAUCAGCUGAAGGUCAUUCCCGGUGGUAUUCCAACUUUGUCUGUCGAAGUCAUGUCCACCCUCGGAUGGGAGAAAUACUCACAUGAGCAAUUUGGUCUCAACCGAUUCGGUGCUUCUGGCCCUUACAAGGAGGUUUACAAGAAAUUUGAGUUCACUCCCGAGGGCAUCGCUAAGCGUGCUGUUGCUACCGUCGAGUUUUACAAGGGCAUGAAGCCUCGAUCACCCAUCAACCGUGCUUUCCAGCAACUUAUCUAG